UAGUCACUCACAAGCUUCUCCCUGGGUAGAUCCAGAGCUGAUAUUUCACCAUGCAGCCUCUCAUCCAUGCAGGGCUCUGCCUGCUCCUCUGCUGCUGCUUCCAAGAUGCAGGGGCACGUGGCCUACGUAGGUACACCGAAACCAUCACUGUAUCCAAUGGAGGCCAAUGGGGUGAAUGGGGGGAACAGGAGUUUUGCCCCCGUGGAUUCGCAAAUGGAUUUGAACUGAAGGUGGAGGCUGAACAAUGGCAUGACGACACGGCUUUGAAUGGCAUUCGCCUGUACUGCACUGACGGCUCCGUCAUCGAGUCCACGGUGGGGCCGUGGGGCGAUUGGACUGGGGUCCAAUGGUGCACCGACAGCAACCUGAUCUCCUUCUCACUGAGAGUGGAACCGUCCCAGGGAUGGGGUGAUGACACGGCGGCCAACAACAUCCAGUUCAGAUGCCUAGAUGGGACCACGUUGAUGGGCACCUCACAUUCCUGGGGUGAUUUUAGCCCAUGGAGCAACGGCUGCAGCUCUGGGGGCAUUUGUGGGAUCCAGACGAAGGUGGAGGAAUCCCAGGGCCAUGGGGAUGACACAGCACUCAAUGAUGUGAAGUUCUUCUGCUGCAACUAAACAAGCACCCAUCCCUGCCCAACCCCCAACACCAGCACCUGCCCAUUAAACAACAUUAAAGUUUAGCUCUGCUUUUGAA